UCCACCACCCGAUACCACACCCUUUGCCCUCACCUCGAAAGCAAACGUUAUCGUUAAUGAUAUACGAAUUAUGUGGCCAACAAACAGAAAUUUUGCCAAUAAUACACAAAUAGAUUAGCCUGUGAACUUGAAUAUCAACAAAAGCUUAUCAGCAACAAAUAUUAAUUGCCAUCAAUUGACCGGGUCCGGAUAACAACUACUGUGUGUCUGGAAGAAAAUUUUCCUAGUAUAGUUUUAAAUUUUAACUGGAGCGUUUAAGACCUUUUUUUUUGGUCAGCAGUUCAAGACAAACAACAAAGAGAAUGGCUGCAACAAUAAAUAUCCGUCCCUUAAGCGAUGCCUUGAAAAAAGUGUCCAAAGAAGAGCUCAAUGAAGUGGAGAGUCGCAUUGCUGACGAUGUGAUAGCCCUUAGGACGUGGCUUGAUAAGCAGCCAUACAUCAAGGCACGUACAGAUGAUCAAUUUUUGGUGUCCUUCCUAAGAGGUUGUAAAUAUAGUUUGGAAAAGGCCAAAUCAAAGGUAGAUUAUUUCUAUACCAUUAAGACCAUGAUGCCGGAGCUGUUCGCCUACAAUACCAUGGAUGAGAAGUCCAUACAGCUAAAUCGUUCGGGGACUUAUGUCCGUUUACCCAAACCCUUGGGCGAGGGUGGCCCACGCAUACAGCUUACCAAUUAUUCGAAAUUCGAUCCCAAAUUAUUUAAAAUUUUGGAUUUGUUUCGUUUCCAAAAUCUCUUAAUGGAUUGGCAAAUCUACAAUGAUGACAAUUGUAUUGUCAGUGGUUAUAUUGAAAUUGUGGAUCUGACCAAACUGAGUUUAUCCUUCCUCACACAAUUCGAUCCAAUACUAAUCAAGAAAUUGGGAGUAUUUGCAGAGAAGGCUGCCCCCAUGCGUUUUAAGGGUGUCCAUUUGGUUAAUUGUCCCAAAGAGGCUCAGGCUGUAUUGAAUCUGGCCCGCAGCAUGAUGAGUGAAAAGUUACAGAAACGCUUCUAUGUCCACAAAUCCAUGGAGGAUUUAUACAAAGUCAUACCCAAGGAAUAUUUGCCCGUGGAAUAUGGUGGUACUAAUGGCACCAUUUCGGAGUUAAUCGAACAAACUGAAAAGGAUUUGCUAGCCCUGAAUGAUUAUUUCGCCGAAGAAGAUCAAUAUGGCGUUGAUGAGAAUUUAAGACCGGGUAAAAAGGUCGAUAUGGAUUCGCUGUUUGGUAUUGAGGGUUCAUUCCGUAAAUUGGAUAUUGAUUAAAGGCAAGGCCAAGAUAUAUGGAAAAAUAGCAAUAAUUAGAAAAUAAACUAGAAAAAAAUGUAAUUACAACUCUUUGUGUAUUCAAUGGUAUUUGUGACAAUAACAUCGAAAACCUUUUUGUCAAUUUUA